AUGCGCGCGGGUCGCCCUAGCACCGCGCUGGGGCGGGUCUCGUUCGGGCGGAAUAUUCCCGUGAACCACGAGUCCGUCGCGUGGGCGCAUCCCGAGAACGACCCAAUCGACGACGCUCCGCUGGACCCCUGGGCCGACGAUCCCGAGCUGUGCGGCAUCCCCGGCGGUCACGCAUCACGCGAUAUAGGACGGCACGAGGAGGAGGCCGCGCCGGGGCGCCGCCGCACGCCGCCGAGAUCCCCGUCGCCGCUCGCGGGCGCGACGUCCGGGCUGGUUCGGCGAUGGGCGCCGAACGCGUGGACCGUGCUCGCCGCCGCGACGCUCGUGCAGUCCUGUGCGGGCCUCGCCUACUCCUUCAGCGUCUACAGCGGAUCCCUCCGCGAGGUGUACCAGUCGCAGUCCGCGGUCGACCUCCUCGGGUCAUUCAAGGACGUCGGAGCGUACUUCGGCGUCCUCGGCGGCCUGGUGUUCGACGCGUUCGGACCGCGAGUCACCCUGCUCGUCGGCGCCGCGAUGCACACCGCGGGGUACCUCGGAGUCUACGCCACCCUGCGGGGCGACGUCCCGGGUUUCAAGAAUGUCCCGCCGCUGUGGCGAACCGGCUGCGUCAUCGCGCUCGCCGCCAACGGCAACUCGUUCUUCGACACCGCCGUGCUCCUCGCGAGCAUGAACAACUUCCCGACGGAGAAGGGAACCGUCGCGGGGCUGUUGAAGUCGUACCUCGGGCUGUCGUCGGCCAUCUUCGCGCAGCUUUACGUCACCGUCGCGCCGCCUCAUAACGACGAUGACGCUUCGACGCCGAGGCCCGCGGAUGGCGCGGCGGCGGCGGCGAGCGGCGACGACGCGCGCGCGCGCGUCUUCGUGCUCAUGAUCGCGCUCGUCGGCGGCGCCGUCGCGACGCUCGCGGCGCCGUUUGUCCGCGAGGUGGGCAAGCCGGACGUGGGCGCCGGUUCGUCGGUGAUGAGUCGCGGUUCCGACGCGGCGGCGACGUUGGCGAAGCUCACGACGUGCACGGUCGCGCUGGUGGGAUGCGCCGCCGCCGCGGCGGCUCUCAACGACGCCUUUGGGCCGCUUAAACGCGUCGUCAACGUCGCGCUCACGUGCGUCGUGCUCUUCGCGCUCGCAUCGCCGACGAUGGCUCUGUUCGCGAACGGGAAGCUGUCGUGCGGCGUCGCCAAGCCCCGAAGCGCGCUUCGUUCCAAGCACGGGCGGAGGAUGCGGGGUACCGACCGGGGCCCCGGGUCAUCGCGCGGCGGUGGGAGGUCGGUGACGUUCGACUCGUCCGCGGACGUCGGCGCUUGGGACGACGGGGACUCGCUAGGGAAUCCGCUGCUGCGCGGCCGGGGGACGACGACCGACUCGGGGUUCGUCGACGACGACUCCGGAAACUUUCCAUCCGACGACGAAGAAGACGCGAGCUCGCGGUCGUCGGACGAACGCGGUCGGCUCGGCGACGACGACGAGUGGGCGGCGAAUAGGGCGCAGAUCCUGGGCAGGGAGGGCGCGUUCCUCCACAUGCGCGACGAAGGAGAGCGCGAGGGUGACUUUGACGGCGACUUGGACGUCGUUCACGGCGGGAUGGGUGGUUCGGCGCCUCUGAUGUCGGGUACGAUCGGUCACCACUCGGCGGGUAUCGAGCAGCCGCCCCUCCUCGGGCGCGACUCGUCGAACCUGACGCUUUCAGAGUGCGCGGCUUGCCCCGAGUUUUGGCUGCUGUGGUGCUCGAUCGCGGCGUCAUCCGGGGCGGCGAUGGCGCUGGUGAACAACAUGGACGCCAUCGCCGCGUCCGCCGGGGUGGGCGAUGGCGCCGCGGCCGGGAUGGUGUCGCUCUUCUCGGUGUGCAACUGCGUCGGGCGGCUGUGCGGGGGAUCGGUCUCGGAGUGGGCGCUUCAUAGGUACACAGUACCUCGACCCGCCGCGCUGUGCGUCGCGCAGGUGGUGGUGGCGAUCGGGACGUUGGCGUUACGCGUCGCGCCGGUUCGGGGAGGCGUUUUCGCGGCCGUUUCCCUCGUCGGGUUCGCGCUGGGCGCGCACUGGGGAUUGGCGCCGUCGAUGUCGUCGGAGAUUUUCGGCGCGAAACACGCGGGCGCGGUGUACGGGGGUCUGAGCGUGGCGCCCAUGAUCGGGAGCUACGGCCUGAGCACGGGGGUGUUCGGGCGGAUGUACGACGCCGUCGCGGCGGCGCAGGCGGCGGCGGCGGGUGUCGGUUCGGAUCUAUCGACGGGGAACUCGACCGUCCCCCCGGGGGGCGGUGACGCGUCGGCAUGCGUCGGUCCCGAUUGUUUCUCGGGCGCGAUGGGAGUGUGCGCGGCGUUUGCGCUGGCGGCGACGGUGCCGUGCGCGGUGGUCAGCGCGAGGACGCGGCACGUGUACGCGUAUCACCGGCGGAGGAUCCUGGCGUCCGCGGAGCGAGCGGUGGUGUAUAGCUAG